GCUGGUGACCUCAGCUCCUGCAGCACAACUUGGACGGGCUCCGCACACGCGCGCACGCACGCACCCAAAUAACGGCAGGCGCGGCGGAGAGAUGGCCGGUAUGUUCGGGAAGAUCUUCGUGGGCAUUUACGUGGAGAUCAAGCGGAGCGACGGACGGAUUCACCAGGCGAUGGUCACAUCGCUGCAUGAGGACAAUGAGAGUGUGACGGUGGAGUGGAUCGAGAACGGAGACACCAAAGGGAAAGAGAUCGAUCUGGAAAGCGUCUUUGCACUGAAUCCUGAUGUUGCUCCUGACGAGGAGAUCCCACAGAGUCCUGAAGCUCCGCCCUCCAAUGUCCCCAAGACCAGCAAACUCCCCAAGACCAGGCGGAUUACAGCAAUACCCAAGGCUGAGAACGCUCCACGGGAGAACAGAGCUGCAGCAGUGGGAACCACCCGAGCCCGUCCCAGCCAGCACAGCCAGCCUUUAGAGCCUCCGCCACCAGCCAUCGCUCCCCAGUCUGCCAUCAACCAGUCCCUGCUGAAGCAGGAGAACGCACGGAGGAAAUCCAACUGUGUGAAGGAGGUGGAGAAACUGCAGGAGAAACGAGAGAAGAGGCGACUUCAGCAACAGGAGCUCAGAGAGAAGAGGGCACAGGAGGUGGACGUCAAUUUGCCAAACUAUGAAAUCAUGUGUAUGAUCCGAGACUUCAGAGCCAGUCUGGACUACAGGCCGCUAACCAGUAAUGAUCUGAUCGAGGAGCACAGGAUAUGUGUGUGUGUGCGUGCACGUCCCCUCAAUAAAAAAGAGUUGUCGGUGAAGGAUUUGGAUGUGAUCACCAUUCCCAGUAAGGACGUGGUGAUGGUCCACGAGCCCAAGCAGAAAGUCGACCUGACGCGCUACCUGGAGAACCAAACCUUCCGAUUCGACUACGCCUUCGACGAGAACUCCACCAAUGAAAUGGUUUACAGGUUCACCGCUCAGCCGCUGGUCGAGACCAUCUUUGAGAGGGGGAUGGCGACCUGCUUUGCGUACGGACAAACUGGAAGUGGAAAAACACACACGAUGGGAGGAGACUUUUCAGGAAAGAACCAGGACUGCUCUAAAGGCAUCUAUGCACUGUCAGCCAGAGACGUCUUUCUCAUGAUAAAGAAGCCAAAUUACAAGAAGUUGGACCUCCAGAUCUUUGCCACAUUUUUUGAGAUUUAUAGCGGGAAGGUGUUCGACCUGCUCAACCGUAAAGCCAAGUUACGGGUCCUGGAGGACGGGAAGCAGCAGGUGCAGGUGGUGGGGCUGCAGGAGAGAGAGGUGAAGUGCACAGAGGACGUCCUCAAACUCAUCGAAGUGGGAAACAGCUGCAGGACGUCUGGUCAGACCUCGGCGAACGCUCACUCCUCUCGGAGCCACGCCGUGUUCCAGAUCAUUCUGCGUCGGCGGGGGAAGAUGCACGGAAAGUUCUCCCUCAUCGACCUGGCGGGGAACGAGAGAGGGGCGGACACGUCCAGCGCCGACCGCCAGACUCGCCUCGAAGGAGCCGAGAUCAACAAGAGCCUGCUGGCACUAAAGGAGUGUAUUCGAGCUCUGGGCCGAAACAAACCUCACACUCCGUUCAGAGCGAGCAAGUUAACCCAAGUGCUGAGGGACUCCUUCAUAGGGGAAAACUCCAGAACCUGCAUGAUUGCAACCAUCUCUCCUGGAAUGGCUUCAUGUGAAAACACCUUGAACACGCUGAGAUACGCCAACAGAGUGAAGGAGUUCGGGAUAAGUCCUUCAGACAUCCCCUUCUCUCAGAGCGGGGGUGGAGGAGGGCGCUCUGAGCUCUCUCCUACUUAUGAGGUGAAGGAGCUCACCGUGGACCCUGCAGCAGCUCUGGACAGCCGUCAGGGGGGACACGUCACCCAGCUGGAGGUGCUGGAGGCUCAGUGGGGAGUCGGUAGCUCUCCACAAAGAGACGACCUGAAGCUGCUCUGCGAACAGAAUGAGGAGGAAGUUUCCCCGCAGCUCUUCACUUUCCAUGAAGCCGUCUCUCAGCUGGUGGAGAUGGAGGAGCAGGUUCUGGAGGACCACCGGGCCGUCUUCCAGGAGUCGAUCCGCUGGCUGGAGGAUGAGAAGGUGCUGCUGGAGAUGACGGAGGAGGUCGACUACGAUGUCGAGUCGUUUGCGACUCAGCUGGAACAGAUCCUGGACCAGAAGAUCGACAUUCUCACGGAGCUGAGAGAUAAAGUCAAGUCUUUCCGCUCGGCCCUCCAGGAGGAGGAACAAGCCAGCCAACAGAUCACUCCGAAGAGGCCUCGUGCACUAUAGACACACACAGACACACACACACACACACACACACACACACACACACACACGGAUAACAGAUAUUUCACUGUAAUGUUGACCUGAGAAAGGUGAAGACCUGCCGCCGAGCAGGUCGCUGUUGACGAACGAGCUGAUGGAGCUCAGCUGUGAUUUGAUGACUUACUGUCUCUCUGUGCGUUUCUCCUCAACCUCUUUGCUGUACAGGCUGCCGUCGCUUCCCAUCAUGCAUCCGUCCACCUGUGAAACCAAAGAGCAGACCGUCUUUGCUCUUCCAUCCUCCUGUGAAGUGUGUCCACAAGGUUUUGUAUGUGUGAUCAGUCACAAGUGCUCCAUUUUAAACAAAAGAUGAAAAAAAGGUGAAUAUUUAUUUGUUUUAAAUACACUUUUAUAGGGUCAAUCACAGCUUCUCUUCACUUUGGCCAAUUUUAUAAACAACUUUUUGCCAUUUUGUGCAAUAUUUGGAGGCUUUUCUUCCUGUUCUUCCCUUUGUUUCAGCACGGGGGGCAAACAGGGCAGUUUGUGUGUAAAAUGAGCCAGUGUGUGU